UCCAUGUGAAGAGAGGGGAGCAUCUGAAAGCAGCUCGCAUGCUCAUCAGAGUCUCCAACAACAUCAGCAAAUUCCCCUCCCACAUCGUACCCAUCCUGACGUCAGCGGUGAUAGAGUGUCACCGGGCCGGUCUGAGGAACUCCUCGUUCAGCUUUGCCGCCAUGCUGAUGAGGCCAGAGUACCGUCACAAGAUCGACCCCAAGUACCGCAAGAAAAUAGAGGCUAUGGUCCGUCGUCCAGACACCAGUGAGAUAGAAGAGGAGACCACUCCUUGUCCAUAUUGUGGUUUCACGCUGCCUCAAUGUGAACUGAUCUGUCCUGGCUGCAAGAACAACCUGCCCUACUGCAUCGCCACGGGUCAUCACAUGCUGAAAGAGGAUUGGUCAGUUUGUCCUCACUGUGAAUUCCCUGCUCUCUACUCCCAGCUCAUCCUGCUGUUGGAGACAGAUAGUGUGUGUCCCAUGUGUUCCGAGACUCUGAGUGUGAACCAGGUGGAGAAGAUGGAUGACUGUUCCAGCUUCCUGCAGCCUGACCAAUCAGAGCACUGAUACAGAGAUCUGUGGUGAUGUGGCCUGGUGGUGUACGACAUAGAGGACUGCUGCUGAGGGGAGGACGGAUCGUCAUAAUGUCUGGAACGGAAACAAUGGAAGCCAUGUGUUGAAUUACCUUCCCACUCAUUCCUCUCAGGACCACGAGCCCGUCCUCCCGGAUUAAGGACCUACCAACCUCCUGUGAUAGGGGAACGGGAGCCAGGGACAUAAUCCACUCCUCCAUGUUUCUCUUCCACCUGUUAAACUGUUGAUAUAGACAGCUGUAGACGUCCUCCUCCUCCAUGUUUCUCUUCCACCUGUCAAACUGUUGAUAUAGACAGCUGUAGACGUCCUCCUCCUCCAUGUUUCUCUUCCACCUGUCAAACUGUUGAUAUAGACAGCUGUAGACGUCCUCCUCCUCCUCCAUGUUUCUCUUCCACCUGUCAAACUGUUGAUAUAGACAGCUGUAGACGUCCUCCUCCUCCUCCAUGUUUCUCUACCACCUGUCAAACUGUUGAUAUAGACAGCUGUAGACGUCCUCCUCCUCCAUGUUUCUCUUCCACCUGUUAAACUGUUGAUAUAGACAGCUGUAGACGUCCUCCUCCUCCAUGUUUCUCUACCACCUGUCAAACUGUUGAUAUAGACAGCUGUAGACGUCCUCCUCCUCCAUGUUUCUCUAUCACCUGUCAAACUGUUGAUAUAGACAGCUGUAGACGUCCUCCUCCUCCAUGUUUCUCUACCACCUGUUAAACUGUUCAUAUAGACAGCUGUAGACGUCCUCCUCCUCCUUCAUGUUUCUCUAUCACCUGUCAAACUGUUGAUAUAGACAGCUGUAGACGUCCUCCUCCUCCAUGUUUCUCUACCACCUGUUAAACUGUUCAUAUAGACAGCUGUAGACGUCCUCCUCCUCCUCCAUGUUUCUCUACCACCUGUCAAACUGUUGAUAUAGACAGCUGUAGACGUCCUCCUCCAUGUUUCUCUACCACCUGUUAAACUGUUGAUAUAGACAGCUGUAGACGUCCUCUUCCUCCAUGUUUCUCUACCACCUGUCGAACUGUUGAUAUAGACAGCUGUACACGUCCUCCUCCUCCAUGUUUCUCUACCACCUGUUAAACUGUUGAUAUAGACAGCUGUAGACGUCCUCCUCCUCCAUGUUUCUCUUCCACCUGUUAAACUGUUGAUAGACAGCUGUAGACGUCCUCCUCCUCCAUGUUUCUCUACCACCUGUUAAACUGUUGAUAUAGACAGCUGUAGACGUCCUCCUCCUCCAUGUUUCUCUACCACCUGUUAAACUAUUGAUAGACAGCUGUAGACGUCCUCCUCCUCCAUGUUUCUCUACCACCUGUUAAACUGUUGAUAUAGACAGCUGUAGACGUCCUCCUCCUCCAUGUUUCUCUACCACCUGUUAAACUGUUGAUAUAGACAGCUGUAGACGUCCUCUUCCUCCAUGUUUCUCUACCACCUGUCGAACUGUUGAUAUAGACAGCUGUACACAUCCUCCUCCUCCAUGUUUCUCUACCACCUGUUAAACUGUUGAUAUAGACAGCUGUAGACGUCCUCCUCCUCCAUGUUUCUCUUCCACCUGUUAAACUGUUGAUAGACAGCUGUAGACGUCCUCCUCCUCCAUGUUUCUCUACCACCUGUUAAACUGUUGAUAUAGACAGCUGUAGACGUCCUCCUCCUCCUCCAUGUUUCUCUACCACCUGUUAAACUGUUGAUAGACAGCUGUAGACGUCAUCCUCCUCCAUGUUUCUCUACCACCUGUCAAACUGUUGAUAUAGACAGCUGUAGACGUCCUCCUCCUCCAUGUUUCUCUUCCACCUGUUAAACUGUUGCUAUAGACAGCUGUAGACAUCCUCCUCCUCCAUGUUUCUCUACCACCUGUUAAACUGUUGAUAUAGACAGCUGUAGACGUCCUCCUCCUCCAUGUUUCUCUACCACCUGUUAAACUGUUGAUAUAGACAGCUGUAGACGUCCUCCUCCUCCAUGUUUCUCUACCACCUGUUAAACUGUUGAUAUAGACAGCUGUAGACGUCCUCCUCCAUGUUUCUCUACCACCUGUUAAACUGUUGAUAUAGACAGCUGUAGACGUCCUCCUCCAUGUUUCUCUACCACCUGUUAAACUGUUGAUAUAGACAGCUGUAGACGUCCUCUUCCUCCAUGUUUCUCUACCACCUGUCAAACUGUUGAUAUAGACAGCUGUAGACGUCCUCCUCCUCCAUGUUUCUCUACCACCUGUUAAACUGUUGCUAUAGACAGCUGUAGACAUCCUCCUCCUCCAUGUUUCUCUACCACCUGUUAAACUGUUGAUAUAGACAGCUGUAGACCUCCUCCUCCUCCAUGUUUCUCUACCACCUGUUAAACUGUUGAUAUAGACAGCUGUAGACGUCCUCCUCCAUGUUUCUCUACCACCUGUUAAACUGUUGAUAUAGACAGCUGUAGACGUCCUCUUCCUCCAUGUUUCUCUACCACCUGUGGAACUGUUGAUAUAGACAGCUGUACAUGUCCUCCUCCUCCAUGUUUCUCUACCACCUGUUAAACUGUUGAUAUAGACAGCUGUAGACGUCCUCCUCCUCCAUGUUUCUCUUCCACCUGUUAAACUGUUGAUAGACAGCUGUAGACGUCCUCCUCCUCCAUGUUUCUCUACCACCUGUUAAACUGUUGAUAUAGACAGCUGUAGACGUCCACCUCCUCCUCCAUGUUUCUCUACCACCUGUUAAACUGUUGAUAUAGACAGCUGUAGACGUCCUCCAUGUUUCUCUACCACCUGUCGAACUGUUGAUAUAGACAGCUGUAGACGUCCUCCUCCUCCAUGUUUCUCUACCACCUGUCAAACUGUUGAUAUAGACAGCUGUAGACGUCGUCCCUCCUCCAUGUUUCUCUUCCACCUGUUAAACUGUUGCUAUAGACAGCUGUAGACAUCCUCCUCCUCCAUGUUUCUCUACCACCUGUUAAACUGUUGAUAUAGACAGCUGUAGACCUCCUCCUCCUCCAUGUUUCUCUACCAUCUGUUAAACUGUUGAUAUAGACAGCUGUAGACGUCCUCCAUGUUUCUCUACCACCUGUUAAACUGUUGAUAUAGACAGCUGUAGACGUCCUCCUCCUCCAUGUUUCUCUACCACCUGUCAAACUGUUGAUAUAGACAGCUGUAGACCUCCUCCUCCUCCAUGUUUCUCUACCACCUGUUAAACUGUUGAUAGACAGCUGUAGACGUCCUCCUCCUCCAUGUUUCUCUACCACCUGUUAAACUCUUGAUAUAGACAGCUGUAGACGUCCUCCUCCUCCAUGUUUCUCUACCACCUGUUAAACUGUUGAUAUAGACAGCUGUAGACGUCCUCCUCCUCCAUGUUUCUCUAUCACCUGUCAAACUGUUGAUAUAGACAGCUGUAGACGUCCUCCUCCUCCAUGUUUCUCUACCACCUGUUAAACUGUUCAUAUAGACAGCUGUAGACGUCCUCCUCCUCCUUCAUGUUUCUCUAUCACCUGUCAAACUGUUGAUAUAGACAGCUGUAGACGUCCUCCUCCUCCAUGUUUCUCUACCACCUGUUAAACUGUUCAUAUAGACAGCUGUAGACGUCCUCCUCCUCCUCCAUGUUUCUCUACCACCUGUCAAACUGUUGAUAUAGACAGCUGUAGACGUCCUCCUCCAUGUUUCUCUACCACCUGUUAAACUGUUGAUAUAGACAGCUGUAGACGUCCUCUUCCUCCAUGUUUCUCUACCACCUGUCGAACUGUUGAUAUAGACAGCUGUACACGUCCUCCUCCUCCAUGUUUCUCUACCACCUGUUAAACUGUUGAUAUAGACAGCUGUAGACGUCCUCCUCCUCCAUGUUUCUCUUCCACCUGUUAAACUGUUGAUAGACAGCUGUAGACGUCCUCCUCCUCCAUGUUUCUCUACCACCUGUUAAACUGUUGAUAUAGACAGCUGUAGACGUCCUCCUCCUCCAUGUUUCUCUACCACCUGUUAAACUGUUGAUAUAGACAGCUGUAGACGUCCUCUUCCUCCAUGUUUCUCUACCACCUGUCGAACUGUUGAUAUAGACAGCUGUACACAUCCUCCUCCUCCAUGUUUCUCUACCACCUGUUAAACUGUUGAUAUAGACAGCUGUAGACGUCCUCCUCCUCCAUGUUUCUCUUCCACCUGUUAAACUGUUGAUAGACAGCUGUAGACGUCCUCCUCCUCCAUGUUUCUCUACCACCUGUUAAACUGUUGAUAUAGACAGCUGUAGACGUCCUCCUCCUCCUCCAUGUUUCUCUACCACCUGUUAAACUGUUGAUAGACAGCUGUAGACGUCAUCCUCCUCCAUGUUUCUCUACCACCUGUCAAACUGUUGAUAUAGACAGCUGUAGACGUCCUCCUCCUCCAUGUUUCUCUUCCACCUGUUAAACUGUUGCUAUAGACAGCUGUAGACAUCCUCCUCCUCCAUGUUUCUCUACCACCUGUUAAACUGUUGAUAUAGACAGCUGUAGACGUCCUCCUCCUCCAUGUUUCUCUACCACCUGUUAAACUGUUGAUAUAGACAGCUGUAGACGUCCUCCUCCUCCAUGUUUCUCUACCACCUGUUAAACUGUUGAUAUAGACAGCUGUAGACGUCCUCCUCCAUGUUUCUCUACCACCUGUUAAACUGUUGAUAUAGACAGCUGUAGACGUCCUCUUCCUCCAUGUUUCUCUACCA